CUACGUUGAACUUCGCGACGCUGCGGACCUCAACGCCUCUGCAGAGUGUACUAGUGAGCGUGUGUGUGCUUACCCUACUGAGUGCGACAGAGACACAGAUACACAGAAAGAAGGCGAGCAACCGUUACGUUGUGCUUGUUACACGUGAGUCGCAGCAGACAGGCAGAUAAACAAAGCAGCAGCAAAAGCGCAAGGAAAACGGGACACGCUGCUAAAAGUCAAAUUACGCGCGUUUUUCGCCGCAGUCAACUCGAACAAAAGCAAAACUUUUACCUUUACCGCCCACCGCAAGAUGUCGCUGCUAACAGCCAAUAGUCACUCGCUGUCCGAGGAGGAGCUCGAUGAAUACUCCGAUGGCACCGUUAAAUUACGUAACUCUAACAUUGAACUUAUGGAUCAGGACAUAUUAUAUCACUUGGCUCUUGGCAGUGAGAGUCAUGAUUUACAGGAGAUGUUUGGCGAUGUUAAGUUCGUUUGCAUGGGCGGCACACCAAAGCGCAUGGAGAACUUUGCACACUUCAUUAUGGAUGAAAUUGGCUACAAGCUGCCCGCUGGCACCCAGCUGCAGGAUAUUAGCGCCUAUUCGUAUCGCUAUUCGAUGUACAAAGUUGGUCCCGUAUUGAGCGUCAGCCACGGCAUGGGCACGCCCUCGGUUAGCAUACUGAUGCACGAGAUGAUCAAGCUGAUGUACCAUGCCAAAUGCAUCGAUCCCAUCUUCAUACGCAUUGGCACCUGUGGCGGCAUCGGAGUUGAGGGCGGCACCGUAAUCAUCACAGAGGAUGCCUUGGACGGCCAGCUGCGUAACUCGCACGAGUUUACGAUCCUGGGCGAGACCAUACAUCGGCCGGCUAAGUUGGAUAAGAAGCUGGCACGAGAGCUGAAGUCGCUGGCAAGUGCCGAUGAUCCCUAUGACACCAUCAUUGGCAAGACGCUGUGCACAAACGACUUCUACGAGGGCCAAGGACGGCUGGAUGGCGCCUUCUGUGAGUUCACCGAAACCGACAAGAUGAACUAUCUGGAGAAGCUGCGGGAUAACGGUGUUGUCAACAUCGAAAUGGAGAGCACAAUCUUCGCAGCACUCACACAUCAUGCUGGCAUCAAGGCGGCAGUUGUGUGCGUUGCCCUGCUGAAUCGCCUCAAUGGUGACCAGGUGAAUGCGCCCAAGGAGGUGAUGCACGAGUGGCAACAGCGUCCCCAGAUCCUAGUGUCCAGGUAUAUACGCAAGGUGCUGGCACAGCAUGGCCAGCUGAAAUCGCUCUUCGGGCAUCAAGGGUCCAUCAAGUCGCCUAGGCGAUUUAAGCUGGUCCAGCAGGAAUCUCAGGCCCACGACUAAAGCCAGCAACCAAAUGCACACGAUCAUAGCAUAUACAUAUAUCUAUAUAUGAUAUUUUGAUUUCAAGUUACCUUUGGCUAAAUGCCAACCCAACUCGCAUGUAUACAACUUAUUUUUGAAAUAUUGCUUUAAACAUUCCAUAGUUUAGUUCAGUCUAAGUUAUAAGUUCUAAGCUCUUAUUUUCCUAUGUAUCCAUGUCAGUGUUAUACUUAUAUAAAUAUAUAAAUACAUAUGUAUUAUAUAUAUAUUUCCUCAUUAGCUUAUUUAAACUCAAACGUAUUGCACGUAUUGGCGGCGUAACGCCGAAUGCUGAAACAACUAAUCGCAAAUAAAUAUAAAAAUUAAAGUAACACAAUGAACAAAUGAAUAUCUUCGGCUUGCCUAAGAUAAAAUAUCCUUGUAGACAAUUUACAGAUAAAUUAUGAGUAGAAAAGAAUAUAUAUUUUAAAAUACGAAUACAUAAUGGUUUCCAUGCUAAACUUAAUUUCUUAAUUGUCCGAUAUCGGAAGUCAAAAUAUUGUCUCGAUUUCAUUACACUUCAUAUGAUAUAGCUAAAUGAUUCAGCUCAUGUAUCAUAUGCAGAUCAGUUUAGCUCAACUUAACAAAAUUACCUUCGUACGCACCAACCUCUACAAGGUUAUAAAAAUGUACUCAAUGUAAAGUGUUUCAAAAUACAAAACUCUUUCAAAUUAUUGUUGAUUGCAUCGAUGUUUGCAAAGUACAUUUCAAUAAUGAACUAAACGAAAACAAUACAAAAAAAAAUUCAAAUAUAUAACGUUGUUAAUUGUUAUGUUGCAUAAUCGAAAUGAGGCAAACCAAAUAUUAUUAUAUACGAUGUAUGUGUGUACUUCAGAUCAUAAUAUAAGAUUUCUUAAAUUAUUCUAUUAUACAUAUUGUACUGUAAUUCCAAAACAUUUGUUAUGCGCAUUCGCAAAUUAAUGUUGUUAAUCACGAAGCUAUAUUAACAAUCGUUACUCUUAUUCAAUUCUAAACUAAACAAAAAAGAAUCAAAUUAUACACGUGAAAAAAUACAUAAAGAACAACAGCUGAAUAAUA